GGUGCUGUGUUGAUGGUGGCGGUGCUGUUCCCGUACUGUUUUAUACUGUUGUAGUUAUAUAACUGUUUUACGCCAACCGCUGAUUAGGCCAACUCUCCUGUUUUUAAUACUAUUAAUACUAAUACUACUACUAUUAUUGCUAAUAAUAAUUUUUAGUCAAAUUUGAGCGCUAGUAGUAUAGCCGAAAUAUUUUUCAGUUUUAGUUAUAAAAAGCUAUGCGAUGAUGGCUGGAGCUCAUUGUGCCCAGUGUUCAGACACCCGGAACAUCUAUAUAAAGACCUGUGACUGUAGUAAACAACGAGUAGUCAAUAAUAGUAGUAAUAAUAAUAAAACUAUCAGUGCUGCAGCUGCUGCUGUUGAUAAUACCAAUAAGCCAUUGAAUGAGAAGCUGCCCGUAGUAUCAGUGAUCAGCCAUAAUAAUAAUAAGGAGUUCCCGAUAAAGACAUCAGCUGUGGAUCAAAAAACUGAUAAACACCAACAAACUGAAGACACCGGCAUAAAAGCCGUUAAGGCUGUUCUCUAUCGCGUCGUCAGGGUAUAUGAAACGGUCCCAUCAAAAACAAUGAAGUUUGUCGGAGCCAUAACUUUGCUACUAUUAUUAGUGGCCGUGUGUUCAAUCGCUUUGGCACAGAAUAAGGAAGAAACGAAAAGUCAAUAUGGAAUGGCAUUCCCUUUGGAGGACAGUCAGCCGUUAGGCUCAACCGAACAACGAAUAUCGAUAAUAGGUUCGGUUCCCGGCGAAGGUGUUCCGUCAUCGACCGUAGACUCGACAAGCGAGUCGCCGGUGACAACAACAUUGACGCCGACCACCGAAGAGUCGGUGAUCACCACCACUACCACUUCGGAUGACUCCGAACGCGGAGGAAUCAACUCUGACAGCGACAGCCAAACUAAUGAUAGUCCGGCGCUUAUUAUUGCCAACGCCAACGCCGCCGACGAUGACGAGGACAAGAUUGGAGAUAACGGUGCCGUCGGCGAUGAAAAGCAAAACCCUAGACUGGUGUUCAUCGAGCGGCUGAUGGGUUUGCAUUUGAGUGCACCGUUUAAUAAGGACAGGGAGGAGGAAAAAGAUGACAACAGUGCCGUCAAUGACAAUAAUGAGGCACAGUUACCGUUCAGUGCUGGUGGUGGUGACAGUGAUGACUCCCGUAACCCAUUUGACAAAGUAAACGCUAAAUGGGCCACAAGAAUGAGGAAGUUUUCAAUUCCGCUGCAAAUGCAACAACAGUUGACACCACCCGAAACACCCAACCCGUUGCUCCGGAUGGCCGCCGCAGCUAUGAUGACCAGAUUGUUGGCCGCCGCCGCACGAGCUCAUCAUAAUGGUCCAAUGAUGGCUAAAGACAAGGACGAUGAUGCCGAAGACGAGACAAUGCCCCUAUUGUUGGCCAGUAUGCGGUCAGAUGAUAGCCGCGAACCUCCGAUGUACGGUCGACCAAUGCCGCGACCACCGAUGAUGCGCCAGCCUAUGCGUCCACCAAUCAGAAUCAUUGCCCAACCGCAACAGCAGCGCAUGGCAUCGAUAGCUAUACCGCAACGUUCCUAUGCAGCACCUAUGCUACCACAGAGAGCACAGAUAGCCCAUCGACCGUUGCCACCCGUCCAGCCAGUGCUUGUCAUGUUGGCCCACGUGCCAAUGCCCAUGCAAAUGGCCGAAUCACGUAUGAGCCAUCAUAGCCAACCCGAUSAUCAUUAUUACGGCUCACAACAACAACAACAACACAGAGUUCAAUGCCAAUGUACCAACAGAUGCCUUACGCUCUACCCGUCGGAUACCAUUCCUUGCAGCGACAAGUGAUUCCGGUUGAAAUUCCGACUCCAGUCCAUAUGCCCGUACC